AUGGCCAACGGCGCCUCGGAGAGAACUCCUUUACAGGCAUCGUACGGGAAUGGUGUUGACACUGGCAAGCCCAAGGGCGCAGCGCAGCCAACGUCGUACGGCUCUGUGCCCACCGAGACGGCUCAAGAUGAACCUUCGACCGCGAAUGGCGACACGAACGACAGGGACGAUGAAGCGGCGAUCGCAGAGCAGUAUCCACGAGGCAUCAAGUUCGCCGUCAUCAUCGCAAGUUUAUGGGUCGUCCUCUUCAUGGCCGCCCUCGACGGCACCAUCGUCGUGACCCUCAUCUCAUCCAUCUCGUCCUCCUUCAAGGCAUCCGAAAAAUCCGGCUGGCUGAGCACAUCGUACCUGCUCUCGGUAUGCGCCUUCUCAUCGAUCUACGGCCGACUGUCGGACAUCAUCGGGCGCAAAGGCGCGCUGCUGAUUGCGCUGAGUUUCUUCUCGCUCGGCACGUGUCUCUGUGCGGCAGCCAAGAGCAUGAACGCGCUGCUGGUCGCACGCUUCGUGGCCGGUAUCGGUGGCGGUGGGCUGUUGACCACGUCGUCGAUCUGCAUGACGGAUCUGGUGCCUUUGCGACAGCGUGGACUGUGGCAAGGGAUCACCAAUCUGCUCUUCGGAUCCGCGUCGGCCAUGGGCGGACCACUAGGCGGCUUCAUCAACGAUGCCUUUGGUUGGCGCACCGCCUUCGGUUUUCAAGUGCCCUUCCUCGCCGUGGGCGCCAUCUGCAUCGCGACGUUCGUCAACAUCCCUCUGGCUCAUUCCGAUCAGAGUUGGCAGAAGAAGCUCGGGCGAAUCGACUAUCUCGGCUCGCUAGGACUCAUCUCGUCGUCGAGCUGCUUGUUGCUCGCGAUGAGCUUUCUUUCCGGCUCGUUGCUGCCCUUCUCGCAUCCGUUGGUGUGGGGUUUCCUCCUCGGCUUCCUCGUCACCGCCAUCCUCUUUGUGCUGGUGGAAGGCUGGGUGGUGCGCGAGCCAGUGAUGCCGCUGUCUCUGCUGACGCGCAAGUCUCCGGCGUUGAUUGGGGCCUCCUACUUCCUCGGCAGCUUCGCCCACUUUUCGACCAUCUUCCACUUCCCACUGUGGUUUCAAUCCGUCCGCCUACAGAGCGCCUCGCAGGCGGGCCUGCAUCUGAUCCCCAUCUCCUUCUCUGCCGCAGCGGGCAGUUUGUGGGCGGGGCUAUACAUGAAGCGCACGGGGAAGUAUUGGCGAGCCAACGUCGUGUGCUGCAUACUCAACAUCGGUGCUACGCUCUACGCGUCGUUCUGGACGGAGUCGACGGGUGCUUGGUCCGAAUACCUCACGCUGUGCCCACAGGCGUUUGGCACAAGCGCAAUUUUCACCUUCAUGCUCAUCGGGCUCAUUGCGAGCGUCAGCAAGGACAAGGCAGCGGUGGCGACGGGGACGGUGUAUCUGUUCCGCAGCCUGGGCCAGGUCAUGGGCGUCUCGCUGUCAACGGCCAUGUUCCAGAUGCUCCUUCAGAGGGAGAUGUUCCGCAACAUCACACCGGAUCUACUGCCACAUCCCAAGGACGGGCUCGAAGGGGUCAAGAGGUUGGUGUCGGCUCUGAGACACGAUGCGUCGCUGGUACCAACGCUGCAGCCAGAGGUGCUGCGACACGCGGCGCAGAUGUCGUACAUGACGGCGAUCAAGUGGGUGUUUGCCAUGGUGACUGUGCUGAAUCUGCUGUAUCUGGCAGUGUGCUGGCCGGUAGAAGAGUACGAGCUGUCGGAUAAGCUGCCUGCUACAGCGCCAACCCAGAACGACGGACCUGCUCAGGACACUAGAUCGGACGAUUCAAGAGCAUAG